AUGGCCAACGCCGGCAUCCAGAUGCUGGGAUUCACCCUGGCCUUCCUGGGCUUCAUUGGGUCCAUUGCGUCCACGGUGAUGGUGGAGUGGAAAGCCUCAUCGUACGCCGGAGACAACAUCAUCACCGCCCAGGCUCUGUAUGAAGGCCUGUGGAAGUCCUGCGCCUCCCAGAGCACGGGCCAGAUCCAGUGCAAGGUCUACGACUCGCUGCUGCAGCUGCCUGGCAUCGUCAUGGGCACUCGGGGCCUGAUGCUGGCCUCCAUUCUCUUCUCCUUCUUCUCCAUCCUGGUGGCGGUGGUGGGGAUGCGCUGUACCACAUGUUUAGCAGACUCUCCGCAGCAGAAGGACAAGGUGGCUCUGGCCGCAGGCGUGGUCUUCAUCAUUGCAGGGCUCAUGUCUCUGGUUGGAACCUCGUGGUACGGACACAGAGUGGCCCAGGACUUCUACAACCCCUUCACUCCCACCAACGCUAAGUAUGAGUUUGGCAGUGCUCUAUACGUGGGCUGGGGCGCGGCCUGCCUCAGCGCCAUCGGGGGCUCCUUCCUCUGCUGUAACUGCUCUGGUCAGGGAGGCUCCGGGAAGGGCCCCCGCUACCCCCCCGCCUCCUCGGGACAGGGCGGGCGCGACUUCGUCUGA